AUGAUACCGAACCGAGCUUGGGCUUUUCUGUUCCUGAGCUUCCUUACCUUCCCCAAUGCCGAAGAGGCGGAGGACUGCGACGCUGCACGGACGGAGCUGCUACAAGUGGGCUUGGGGCUCCACAAGGAUGAGAUCAAGGAUGAGGUCAUGGAUCCGAGCUUGCAGUAUACCGACUGCUGGAACCAUUCCUUUCCCAGGGAUGCCGAUGUGUUUCACUUGCACAUCCCCAAGGUGGCAGGCUGUUCCACGGUACACGACUUGGGGCAGAUCGUUGGACGCGAGAAUUUGUACUCAGAUGAGAUCUGCUUCUCCUUCUCAAAGUUAGCCGUGUUCCAUCACACCGUCGUGAUGCUCCGUCGUCCAAGAGACCACGUCUUCUCGAUGUACCAGCACUGUUAUUCCGGCGGCGGGCCGGGCUACUAUGCGGCGCUGAAACUGAUGAACGCUGCUCCGGGAGAGCCAGGUUUCUCGCUUCCAGACACUUUUGGCAAAUGGAUUCACAGCUGGGUUACAAAACCUCACUUUGGCUUCUACGGUGUCUAUGCGGACGAAUUCCAUUGCUACUUCCCAAAGGAUCUGCAAAGUCACCGGAUGACCUGCGCCCUGCCAGACGAGCGGGAAGCCACAGUGAGUGUGGCUGCGGCCAUCGAGAACAUGAAGACGGCCUCCAUGGUGGGAAUAACAGAGGCCUACCACGAGUCGAUGUGCCUGUUCGCCGCCAAGUUGACAGGCAGCCUUCCCAGCUACUGCGACUGCGAGAACUCCACUGCUUGGAGCGCCUUUGAGGGCACCGACGAAGACCAUGGUGUCAGCUAUAAUGAUACCGUUGAGGCCCAGCCUCCCGACGUUCUGGCAGGAGUCGACUACUUGACACAGGGAGACCGGCAGCUCUACAACGCUUCGGUGGAGCGCUUCAUCCGAGACAUCAAGGAAGUCGAGACCAACUUCGGAAUGAAGGUGCUGUGCGGUGACCAGGAGACAGCUCUCCGGGAAAAGAUGGUAGUCUGA